CGCCGCCCUCGCCCAGAGCCUCGCAGGCAGCCAGCAAGCGCGGGGAGCGCUCUGGGAUGGGACUUGAAGGCGGCGGCUCAGGACACGGCGUUGGCGCGGGUUUCUUCGUCGCGUCACGCGAGCGGUGCUCCAGGAGCGCUGCGGUCCUCGGCGGGGCGAGGCGGCAAACGACUGAAACAGACCCACGCGGCUGUGCCCCUGCCUCGCUUUCCUGGUGCCGGCGGCGGUGGCUGCAGCCACACCCCUGCUCCUCUUGAAGAUGGAGAAGAUGCUGCUUGGAUGCUUGCUAAUGCUUGGGCAGUUCUCCCUCCUGCCGGCUGGAGCCAGAUUUCCCUCCAGAGGCCGUCAUGUCCGAACACAUCCCCAGACGGCACUGCUGGAGAGCUCCUGUGAGAAUAAACGGGCGGAUCUGGUGUUCAUCAUUGACAGCUCCCGAAGUGUCAAUGCCCACGACUACUCAAAGGUCAAGGAGUUCAUUCUGGAUAUCCUCCAGUUCCUGGAUAUCGGUCCUGAUGUCACCCGAGUAGGCCUGCUCCAGUAUGGCAGCACAGUCAAGAACGAGUUUUCUCUGAAGACCUUCAAGAGGAAGUCUGAGGUGGAGCGAGCUGUCAGGAGGAUGAGGCACCUGUCCACAGGCACCAUGACGGGACUGGCCAUCCAGUAUGCCCUCAACAUUGCCUUCUCAGAAGCAGAGGGGGCCCGGCCCUUGCGGGAGAAUGUGCCCCGGGUCAUGAUGAUUGUGACCGACGGGAGGCCUCAGGACUCAGUGGCUGAGGUGGCUGCAAAGGCCCGGGACACAGGCAUCCUGAUCUUUGCCAUUGGUGUGGGCCAGGUGGACCUGAACACACUGAAGGCCAUCGGGAGUGAGCCCCACAAGGACCACGUCUUCUUGGUGGCCAAUUUCAGCCAGAUCGAACCUUUGACCUCUGUGUUCCAGAACAAGUUGUGCAUGGUCCACAUGUGCAGCGUCUUGGAACACAACUGUGCCCACUUCUGCAUCAACACGCCUGGCUCGUACAACUGCAGGUGCAAGCAAGGGUACAUUCUCAACGCGGACCAGAAGACUUGCAGAAUCCAGGAUCUGUGUGCCUCGGAGGAUCACGGCUGUGAGCAGCUAUGUGUGAACCUGCCUGGUUCCUUCGUCUGCCAGUGCUACAGCGGCUACACCCUGGCCGAGGAUGGGAAGCGAUGCACAGCUGUGGACUACUGCGCCUCAGGAAAUCAUGGAUGUGAACAUGAGUGUGUAAAUGCUGAAGGUUCCUACCUGUGCCAGUGCCACGAGGGAUUUGCUCUCAACCCAGAUAAGAAAACAUGCACAAAGAUAGACUACUGUGCAUCAUCUAACCACGGAUGUCAGCAUGAGUGUGUUAAUGCCCAGAAGUCCGCUGUCUGCCGCUGCCUAAAGGGCUUCAUGCUGAAUCCAGACGGGAAAACCUGCCGAAGGAUCAACUACUGUGCACUCAACAAGCCGGGCUGUGAACACGAGUGUGUCAACACAGAGGAAGGCUUUUACUGCCGCUGCCGUCGGGGCUAUACCCUGGACUCCAAUGGCAAGACCUGCAGCCGGGUGGACCACUGUGCACAGCAGGACCACGGCUGUGAGCAGCUAUGUCUGAACACAGAGGAAUCCUUUGUCUGCCAGUGCUCAGAAGGCUUCCUCAUCAAUGAUGACCUCAAGACCUGCUCCAGGGCAGAUUACUGCUUGCUGAGUGACCAUGGUUGCGAAUACUCCUGCGUCAACACAGACAGGUCCUUUGCCUGUCAAUGUCCUGAGGGUCACGUGCUCCGCAGCGACGGGAAGACCUGUGCAAAAUUGGACUCGUGUGCUUUGGGGAACCACGGCUGUGAACAUUCAUGUGUAAGCAGCGAAGACUCAUUCGCGUGUCAGUGUUUCGAGGGAUACAUCCUCCGUGACGACGGAAAGACUUGCAGAAGGAAAGACGUCUGCCAGGCUGUAGACCAUGGCUGUGAGCAUCUUUGUGUAAGCAGUGGCGAGUCGUACAUCUGCAAGUGUCUGGAAGGGUUCAGGCUGGCUGAGGAUGGGAAGCACUGUAGAAGGAAGGAUGUCUGCAAGUCGACCCACCACGGCUGUGAGCACAUAUGUGUGAACAACGGAGAUUUCUAUACAUGCCGGUGCUCAGAGGGCUUUGUCCUGGCUGAGGAUGGGAAGCGCUGCAAGAGAUGCACUGAGGGCCCAAUUGACCUAGUCUUUGUCAUUGAUGGGUCCAAGAGUCUCGGAGAAGACAAUUUUGAGAUCGUGAAGCAUUUUGUGGCUGGGAUUAUAGAUUCCCUGUCAGUUUCCCCCAAAGCGGCGCGGGUGGGGCUGCUGCAGUAUUCCACACAGGUCCGCACGGAGUUUACCCUGAGGGACUUCAGCUCAGCCAAGGACAUGAAGAAAGCUGUGGUCCACAUGAAAUACAUGGGCAAAGGCUCUAUGACUGGGCUGGCCCUGAAACACAUGUUUGAAAGAAGUUUUACCCAAGUAGAAGGGGCCAGGCCCCUCUCUACACGGGUGCCCAGAGUAGCCAUUGUGUUCACCGAUGGACGAGCUCAGGACGACGUCUCCGAGUGGGCCAGCAAAGCCAAGGCCAAUGGUAUCACUAUGUAUGCUGUUGGGGUAGGAAAAGCCAUUGAGGAAGAACUACAGGAGAUUGCCUCUGAACCCACGGACAAGCAUCUCUUCUAUACAGAGGACUUCAGCACUAUGGGCGAGAUCAGUGAAAAGCUGAAGCAAGGCAUCUGUGAAGCUCUAGAAGACUCUGAUGGAAGACAGGACUCCCCAGCAGGGGAACCACCAAAGCAGGUCCACCAGCCAACAGAAUCUGAGCCAAUCACCAUAAAUAUCCGAGACCUACUUUCCUGUUCUAAUUUUGCAGUGCAGCAUAGAUAUCUGUUUGAAGACAAUCUUUCACGAUCUACACAAAAACUUUCCCACUCAACAAAGUCUUCAGGAAGUCCUUUGGAAGAAAGCCAGGACCAAUGCAAAUGUGAAAACCUUAUAAUGUUCCAGAACCUUGCAAAUGAAGAAGUAAGAAAACUAACCCAGCGCUUAGAAGAAAUGACUCAAAGAAUGGAAGCCCUGGAAAACCGCCUACGAUACAGAUGAAGACUAGAAAUGCUUUCAUGUGUUUAUACAUCAUAAAAAGGAUUUCAAAAAAAGCGGUGGCGCCUCAAAGCUCACACCAUAGUUAAAUCUCUAAGCUGUAAAGCAAAUCACAACCAGUACAGAAGACACUGGACUGCUCUACAAAGAGAAAAAUGGAGACACUAAGGGGGGAGGGGUCCUUCUGAAGCCUAAAAUGAGUUUACCCUGAGAAUAAAUGGGCUGUGCCGUGUUCUGUGAUCUGCUGUGGGUACAAUUUGCUUCUGUCUUCCUGCCUUAGCACUGAAAUCUCAUUUGACAAUUCUGCAGAAAACUGACCCCACAAAUUGCUAAUGUUUUUGUACUGGAAUUUACCUUGAUGUAUAUGGACAUAUGCCUAAGUCAUGGGACCUAUGUUCUGCAAUAAGUUGAAUUUUUAUACAAUAUUAAAAUUCACCACUCCAGAAAA